GUUAUCAGUUUUAGAGUGGAGAAAUUGUUCUUGUUAAAUUUCUGUGAGACGAUUUGAUGCGGGCUAGUUUGAUAAUUUUGUAUAAGUUGGUCGGAUAGUUGAAGUUGUCUGGAGAACAACCGAAACUUAAAGGCUGUCAGUCCGUCGGUUCAUCUGUUUAACUGUUGGUCAAUGAAAUAUUUUUUAUUUUCGUCGCCCAUGCAAUUGCUAAAUUCCGACAGAUCAUUAGGUAAAAAUUCUCUUUUCUUCGAAUUUUACUGUAAAUCAUAUAAUGGAUCACAUAAUUUUACGGGUGUAAUCAAAUUUCGUUUCGAAUGUUAGCCUGCUGUAGAUGACGUUUUUUUUCCAGUUGAAGUAAUAGAGACAUUUACAUUCAUCGGGGUUCUUUGAAAACAAAAGGCUAAAAAAAAAAUAACAAACAACCACAAUCGGUUUUUGAAAACACAAUUCGCUUUUAAUAAAUCAUCAUUGCUUUCCAAAGUGCUUUUUCCCGAACCAGGAUGAACUAGAAUGGAUCGCGUGUUGAUGAUGGAAUGACAUUAAUGAUCGCAUUCAAUUGAUUUCCCUUAUACACCCGAAAUUAGUCGCGCCAUUUUUGUUUUUAAUCAGCAAGGCCCGCGCGUCGCGCACUUGUUGACUUUAUUAUUAACGGCCCUUGAUCGAUCUGCAGACCAGCGCUACAAUGUCACACCGUGAGCAAAUAACCUUUUUUUCAUCAUCGAUGUGUGUUUACAGAUUCUCACAGUGGCAACAUUUUGCUGUUUGAUUUGGGGACGAAGAGACAAGUAUUUACUCAGUUGUACUUGGAUGGUUUGAUUGUUGACUUCAGGUUCUUCUUUUAUUCCGGUUGAGCAGUGCAGAUUGUUUCCAUUAAAUCAGUUGUGAUUCUCGCAAAAACUCGAGGAGAGAACCUCUUUCGUUGGAGGUAUUUUGGCGAGUCGAUCAGAUGAGCUAUUUUGCCAGCAGUGGAAUUAUUGGUCAAGACCAUUCUAACGAGAGGAACACUUUUAAUGUGACGUCUGGUUAAUGACGAGUGGACAUCAGUGCAUAAACUACACUCCUGUUUUGAAAGAAAAAUGACGCAUCUUAGAUAAAGUGGAAAGGGAUAUCUUUUCUCAAAAUGGAUCCUUUGAGAAUCUCAGGCUAUCUGAUGACUUCGGCGUUGAUUUUCCUAGUUGGACUGUGCCUUGUCGAGGCAAAUCUUUUCUGUUACGACUGCAAGGUCGACGUGAAGAAGUCAGGUGAUUCUCGAUCGAACUGCAUUUACAACGUCAGCUACUACUCCCCAAGGGAAUGCCAGUCUCACGAGAGAUUUUGCAAGAUCGAGAGGGUACGAUAUAACCGAGUCGUCCGAAUCUUCGAACGUGACUGUGCCGAGACUUGCAGCGAUUCCUGUGAGACUCGAGGAUUUGGAAUCGACGAAGAAACCUGCGUGUUCUGCUGCACCCAGGACGGUUGUAAUAACUCCACGUCAUCGGCAGCGAGAAUCGAUUGGAGCUUCGGACUUUGUGUAUCGAUUCUUGUAGUCGGCUAUCGAGCAAAGAAUUUCGAGAACUGAUCUUAUAAUUUUCAGAAAAUAAACACGACAGUUUUAGUUUUUAUUAACUAUCCCGUAGUCCCUUUUCCAUUCUUUUCCUUUGCGUAAAACACAUUGUGUGUUGACAAUAGUAAACUAGGUUAAAUGUUGACAACGCUUAAUUAUUUAUUCAAAAAAAAAGAAGCUACAGUGCCUUUUUUGGAUGGAGAUGAAUUAAUGAGCCGUUUCAUCUUCAGUUGGUUUCAUAUGCUGUCAAAAUGCAAGUCAUAUACAGCGGUGAUGAACAAUAAUUUUCAUAAUUGUGACAGCACCACAACAGUGCCAUUGUAAAUAUCGUGCGCAAUUUGAUAAAGAGGGAUUUUAAAAUGAAUCAUUGUAAAAAGGUCCACCGCGGUACAAUGUAUCAUAGGCCAUUAUUCAGUGGCAUUAAUAUUUAUUACACGAAAAAAUGUUGCCGUGGAAAUUCUUUUAUUGGUCCCACUCAGUAAUGCCACUACGGGGAAUGUUAAUAUUUCCAUAUUCUGGCUCUGACAUUUGAAGUGAUAUAAUACUGAGUUAAUAAAAAAUAGUAGUUUCUUGUGUGUUGCAUAUUUUGAUUCAAUUCAUGACCACUAGUACCUAUUUAUUCAUGAAGAAGUUGAUUAAUAUUGGUGCAAUAAAUGCUAGACUGGUUAGACUGGGCGUUCGUUGGGCUACAUCGUAGAGGAGAGUUUGGCUUUUUUGAGUGCUUUUAUUUAAUUAAAAUCUAAUUAUUUGCAUAGAAAUAAAAAAGGGAUUCCA